CAGCAGCAGCAGCAGCAGCAGCGAGCGGUGGGAGCGGGCGGCCGUGACGAUGAAGUGCAAGCCGAACCAGACGCGCACCUACGACCCGGAGGGGUUCAAGAAGCGGGCGGCGUGCCUGUGCUUCCGGAGCGAGCGCGAGGACGAGGUGCUGUUAGUGAGCAGCAGUCGCUACCCAGACCGCUGGAUCGUGCCGGGCGGGGGCAUGGAGCCCGAGGAGGAGCCGGGCAGUGCGGCUGUCCGAGAGGUGUUCGAAGAGGCGGGAGUCAAAGGGAAGUUAGGCCGGCUCCUGGGCAUUUUCGAGCAGAACCAAGACCGCAAGCACAGAACGUACGUGUACGUACUGACCGUCACCGAGAUUCUGGAGGACUGGGAAGAUUCGGUUAGCAUUGGGAGGAAGCGAGAGUGGUUCAAAAUCGAAGAUGCGAUCAAGGUUCUCCAGUGCCACAAGCCUGUGCAUGCCGAAUAUCUGGAGAAACUAAAGCUGGGCGGCUCCCCAACCAAUGGAAACUCGGUGACCCCGUCUCUGCCACAGAGCGAUCCCUAGUAUGUACCGCUCCUGCACAGACUUCUCUGCUUUCCGCCUCCCUUAGAAUAAGUAGUGCCCGGAGCCCCUCUGCUGCCUAGUGCGGUCUCUCGGGGAGGAGGGGGGCUUCUUUUGUUUCCUUGGCAGACCUCUGAAUCACGCUUGCAAACUGUCUCAGUUGCCAGGCACUGUUUUUAGACAAUUUGCACGUUUUUCAGAUGCUUUGAAAAUCGCUGCU